AUGUCUUCUCAUUUCAUGAUUUGGAAUGCCCAGGGGAUUGCGAACACUACUACCCAGGGCACUUUCAAGAAUAUGAUCGAUAUGUACAGUAUUUUGUUUGCCGCGGUGCUUGAGCCCCAGACGGAUCCCCAGCCUUCUUUCUUCAGUAGGCGUUUUGGGUUGCAGUUUAGGUGUUCGAACACGAACGGUAAGAUUUGGAUUUUUUCUCACAGGGACUGGCAGGUCGAGGUCAUUGAUGACUCUGAGCAGGUCCUUCACGUCCGAGUUUCUGCUGCGAUAUUCCCUUUUUCAAUAUAUCUCUCCGUGGUGUACGCUAAGUGCUCGAGGGAGGGGAGAUACGAUCUGUGGAAUAAGCUCAGGGACAUCUCUCUAGCCACUGACGGGGCCCCCUGGCUUGUUGGUGGUGACUUCAACAUCUUCUUGUUGGAGGAAGAGAGACAGGGCAACACGACAGACAGGCACGGAGAGAUGAUGGACUUUGCCGACGCCGUUGCAGACUGCCAGCUACUGGACCCAGGUUUCGAUGGCCCGCCGUUCACUUGGACGAGGAGCGGGCUCUGGGAGAGAUUGGACAGAGUCCUUCUUGGGGAGCACUGGACGACCGCCUUUGCGGCUACUAGGGUGACUCAUUUGCCUAGGAUCUCCUCAGAUCAUGCCCCUUUGCUUGUGCGGUGCCAGCUCACGGCUCAGAUUCCGAGGCCUUCGUUUAGGUUUCAGAACAUGUGGGUUAGGCAUCACACCUUCAGGGAUCAGAUUGCCAGAGUGUGGACGGCGGAGACGGGCUUCUUCGGCAUGCUUAAUCUUCAGUUCAAACUCAGCAGAAUUAAGGGUUGGAACAGGGAGACAGUCCGUGGAGAGGCUGGUUCUUUGUCUGGAGCACUAUUCUGCCGUGUCGGGUCAGAUGGUGAACAGAGGAAAGAGUCACUUUUACCUCUUUGA